GCCCCGGUGUCCUGGGCUGUGGCAGCGAGUGCGCGGCGUCAGCGCCAUGGGCAUCCCGGAGAGCAUGGGGGGGACGGGUUUCCCCGACAUCGCACGUCAGCCCCGGGAUCUGCCUACGCCCGCGGCCGGGGUGUGAGAGCAGAGAGGGGGCGAACAGCGACUGUCAGCAGUGGAGUUGCGGAGCUCGGCAGCGCCUGUCCUGGCGCGCUCCCUCGCCCCGGGGCUUUGCUGCGUCGGCACCGGGGCUCGGGGCUGUGUAGGCUUGAAUCCAGAACAGCUGGGGGCGCUGGCCCCCCGCCACAGGAGCGCUGUCUAGUGAGCCUUAUGACAAUGCAUUUUCCAGAAGCAGGCGUCGGGGUUUCCUCAUUUUGGGGGAACCCGCAGUAAAUACGCUGCCCAAACAGCAACGAGCUGUAUUUAACAGCAACCAAACAUCGGAGCUACGUUUUCAGGAUGCUGUUCUCCUGAUAUUUUUUUUCCCUCCUGCCCGUGGAUUUGAGGCUCACAGUAAAAGUCCUUUUAUCCAGUACUCCCCCAGUUGGCAAGAAGCAGCCUUCAGGCAGGGUAAAAAAAGCCUUGCUUUUUAUGAAAUACCCAUUCUACAGAUUCAAACUUAUUUAGACAAGAUUCUGUGAAGCCAUUGGAAAGCAAAUGUCAUCAGAAAUGCCAACAGAAAACCCAUUAUCCGCAGAGGUUCCUGGGGUGGAAGAAAAGAUUAACUCAAAUGACAGUCAAGUCAAGAAAGGGGAGCCUGCAUCAGAUAAAGCAGAGAGUGUUGGAGUUAUGUCAAAAAGGCAAAUGAAGAAACUAAUGAAACAGAAACAAUGGGAAGAGCAAAGAGAUUUACGCAGGCAGAAACGAAAAGAGAAACGCCAGAAAAGAAAACUGGAGCGUCAGUAUCAAUUGGAAUCUAACAACGAAGGGAGCGCCAGGAAGCGUAUGCGUAUGGAUGUUGUUCCUAGUACCCUUCGUCUUAUUAUAGACUGCAGUUUUGACAACUUGAUGGUAUUAAAGGAUGUCAAGAAGCUCCACAAGCAAAUUCAGAGAUGUUACGCAGAAAACCGUAAAGCCUUACAUCCUGUACAGUUUUAUUUGACCAGCCAUGGAGGCCAGCUGAAGGACAACAUGAAUGAAAAUGACAAAGGAUGGGUCAACUGGAAGGAUAUACGUAUUUCAUCAGAGCAUUAUAAUGAGCUUAUGAAGAAGGAAGACCUUGUGUAUCUUACAUCAGAUUCCCCUGAUGUGCUUAAUGAACUAGAUGAGACUAAAGCCUAUAUAAUUGGAGGUCUGGUGGAUCACAAUCACCACAAGGGGCUUACUUAUAAAAAAGCAGUAGAACAGGGAAUUGGUCAUGCGCAACUUCCUCUUGGAAAUUUUGUGAAAAUGAAUAGCCGGAAAGUAUUGGCAGUUAAUCACGUGUUUGAGAUAAUCCUUUCUUACCUGGAGAAGAGAGACUGGAAGGAAGCAUUUUUCAGUGUCUUGCCACCACGGAAAGGGGCCAGUCCCCUGGGCGAAGCCAAUGACUCUUCCAAAUGUGAGCUGCAUGAAAAGGAAGCUGGUGAAGAUAACUCGGACAGCGACUAGAAUACCGUGGAAGUGGGCAGAAAUGAAAAGUGUAUGCAGUGCAAGGGAUAGAAAUGAGACCUGAAUUAGAUGAAACCUCUGAGAACAAUCUAAUUCACCAGUGGAAUUUAAUUGUUUAGGUGGCUACACAUAGCACCAUUUUGUACAAAAGCGGUAAAGAUUAAUAUUUUUACCUUGAAAAUGCUUUUUAUAAACUGAUGGCAAAUGCAGAACUUAUUUUGUUAUGGAAGCUAAUAUUUAUUUUCCUUUUAAAUAUUGUAUUUGAUACAUUCAGAGCAGAUUUAUUUUCCCGAAGCUUAUGAUGAAAGCUAAUAGUUAAUGUGUUCAGCAUUGUCCUUGUUUGGUAUAUGGACAGUGUAUAUGUUAGUGUAUGUAUAUGGGCCUUUGAUAUUUUAUUAUUCUUUCUACCCACCCCCAUUCUAUGUUAUUUUUUUAAAAGCAGCAAAUAUCAAAGGCUUAAUGAAUCUAAAAGUACCUUCCAGCAUUGCCUGUUGCAAGUGGAUAGAACUACUCACUAUCAUUGAUUGGUUUGUUUUUUCUUAAGCAAAGCAUGGUCUACAGUCUCUGAAAAAACUGUUAGGAGCCAGGAACUCUGCUUUGAGUCUGUGUUGGGCACUUUAAACAUAUUUAAAAAAAAACAAACAGUCAGAGCAGACCUGACUAUCGUGAAUAUCCUACUUCUCUGACAAGAUUGUGAGUGUUUCUGCUUAAAAAAAAGUUACUCUUCUGGUGUCUUGAAUUGAAGCUCUCAGUUGUAAUUUAAUUUUUCAAUAGCCAUUUUGGUAGUCCUGAAGGGGGCCAGAAAGAGAGCCCUGGAGGCAGAAGGUCCCCUUUCAGACCUAGGAGGCCAUUCUCCAUCCCUUUCUGUGAGGACUAACCAGAUGGGAGCCAAUUAUAGUAGAGUUUUUUUGGGAUGUGGGCAAGUGUCAACCAAGAGCAAGGCUGCAAUCAUCAGUAGACUCCCAAAGAGCAUUUGGAUGAUAGCAGCUUCUUUUGACCUUGGCUGGUUUUGAACAGGUGAUAUAGAUGUGAGUGGGUCUGUAUCCAGAUUCAGUCCUCACUCAACUGUUACCGCUUUCAAACUGGGAAGUGAACUGGAAUAUGUGUAGAUGUAUAUGUGGCAUAUAGUUUCAGUUGGCAAGAAGCAAAUUAGACCUGUUCAGUGUGAUCAUUUUUAUGGUUUGUUUUUUAGUAUAAACUAAUUUCAGGAGCUCAUUUGGCAGCUGUCUGGUAAACAACAGUGAAGAUUCAUCUGCCGUAAGUCUUGGACAACACUUUGUUGCUCAAAUAAAAUACUGUGGUAGCUGUAUUGUGUAAAUUUGCCACAGAGAGAUGUGUUAAACUUUGUCUAUGAACCUGGAGAAACUUUUGGAAAAUAGCAUUGUCUUGUUUCAUUUGAAGAUCCAAAGAAAUGUAGAGCUUGAACAAAGUAAAGCACAUGCCAUCACCAGUUUCCUCUAUUAAUAAACAAAUGUGUAAAUGAGCAAAAGUACAAAGUGUAGAAUUUACAACUGAGGUAUUGCAUAUUGCUGUGUACAGUAUUCAUUAAAUCUGAUAUAAGCAUUUGAAGUUUCAGUAAGGUUCUGUUAUGUCUAAUGUGUCUUGUUUUCUUCUCAGACUUGAGCACAUUAAAAUUAAAUACCACAAAUUAUUUAUGUGGAAUUCCACAACUCUAAAAAGUAGUUCUACCUUGUUGUAUUGACCAGAGCUAAUUUCUG